AAUGAGUAAAAUUACAAAAGAGGAAGCCUAUAAGUUAAAGAAAUUGUUCUUUAAAUCCUAAAAUAUACUAGAUAAAUAUAAACCUAAGAAAUAUACCAACAUUUCCUCUCGAUUACCAUCUCUUCAAACUUGCCAAUCACCAAAAACAGUCUUACCAAUGAAACAAUGUGUAACUCAGUCUAUCAAAGAACUUCUAGUAAUAUCUAUAUUAAAACUAAUUAGAAUGCCAAUGUUUAUUAAUAUGUUGAAGGAAUCUUAUAUACAGAAGAUUGUGUAAUGCCUCUAAAAAAAUAAGCUUAAAAAGUUAAAAAAAUUGUUAGAUUUGUCGAUUGA